AGAGUCGGAGUUAUCUUUAUGCGGCACACUGACUGUGAUACAUUUGAGUUUAUUAGGAGCUACCUAUUAUUAUUUCGCUCCGUACUGACAUUAUAGGAACCUUUUCGUGUCAUAGAUCAGAUGUGAUGUCAGAUAAGCGUCAACGUGCAAGAGUCCAGGGGUCCUGGGCAAAACAACUGCCAAAACACUCCUUUCCUCAAGAUUUCUCGACAAGUUCAGCUCCAAACAUUAGUCAGCCCCAAAAUGCUAACACAGCCCCUGGUUCUUGGGGAUUUGGCAACCAGAAAACAUCUACAACUUUUGAGUUUCAUCAGCCCACCAAGCCUGUUAGAGAUGUUCCAACAGAGAAAGUGAUUGAGCAGGCAGGCGAUUAUGAGAUCAGCUAUGGGCCAUCUGGGGUCUCUCAACUGCGUCUGCUGCCUGGGUUUCUUCCCACAGACGAGGCUGACUGGAUGUUCAGUAAGCUGCUAUCAGAGCUCCCUUGGUCCCAGAAGGCAAAUUACAGACAGGGUGAGGCAUAUGAAGAGCCCCGGCUGACCUGCUGGUACGGGGAGUUGCCGUACACAUAUGCUCGCUCCACUAUGCCUGCCAAUAUGCAGUGGCAUCCUUUGCUGGUAAGCCUUUGCAAAGCAGUGGAGCAAGUGAGCAGAUGCACCUUCAACUCUUUACUGUGUAAUUUAUAUCGUGACGGGCACGACAGUAUCGGCUGGCACAGCGACGAUGAGGCCUCCUUGGGUGCCAGACCAACCAUUGCCUCUCUCAGUCUUGGUGACACCAGAGUGUUUAGCCUCCGAAAGCAGCCUCCUCCAGAGGACAAUGGUGACUACACUUACGUGGAGCGGAUUCGGGUUCCUCUGGGUCACGGGACGCUUCUUCUGAUGGAAGGAGCCACGCAGGAUGAUUGGCAGCAUCAGGUGGCGAAAGAGUACCAUGACAGGGGUCCACGCAUCAACUUGACCUUCAGAACUAUCCACCCGGAGCCUGAGGGCCACAAGCCAGGCACCAAGAUGCGAUUCACAGCCAAACAGUCGUAGAAUUGCCCACUAGUCAGGAGGGCAGAGGAGACUGCGUGGUGACGAAAUGGGGAAACACUAAUUAAAAUGAAAAAAAUGCUGAAUCAGAACCAAGCUGGUCGAUGAAGACAAUGGGGCAUGAAGAGAAGCCACACGAUAACAAUAUCUGUCAUAUUGUACAUCCGAGGAAUUCUAGGUUUUUCAAAUAAAUAAGGCAGUACACCACUGUGCUUCCUCCCACUUUAAAAAAAACAUGAAUAUUACGUUGAUUGUAGUGUGUGGUUGUUGUAUCUCUAUGUGGCCCUGUGAUGGACUGGCGGACAGUCCAGGGUGUACCUGCUGUAUACUCCAGGAUAGGCAGCCUCCAGUAACCCCCGAUGGGAAUAAGCGAUACAUUAAAUGAAUUAAUAGGUCUGCAGUUUAAACACCAGAUACCUCAGUCUUCUCAAAGAAGCUAAGCAGAAAAAAUUAUUUACACUGCAAACUUUGGAUCAUCUUGAUGCUCUCACUGUCAUCUUUGCUUUAUUUAUCCUGCACAGACGGCUGUUUACAUCAUAUAAUUUAAAUAGAUCUUCAACCCAUCUCUUUUUUUUCUUAAAUUUGAGGAAUCCCAUUGAUUAGUGCAGCUUAUUAAAGAGUUAUUUAUAAAACCCUGGAGUUUUCUGCACCCACUCACCAGUACAGAGAGAAACGUGGGCAUUUAAACCUACCACUCAUUGUUUCUUGCUUUGAAUUGGAAAGAUGUGAUGCAUCGACAACAUACAUGUUCUUAUGGUGAACGUGGUCUCCAUGAGUUGCCCUGAUUUAUUAGUUAUUUCUUUAAAUUUAAGUUAUUUGAAGUUUUAUGUUUUCAGUGAAAAAGUCAUGUCUGUAUCUUUAAUACAUUACACAUAAUUCCAUAGCCUAAAUAGUCUUUGGUCUUAUUUAUUAGUUUGGAAAUGAGCACAGAUGCCAUAAAAAGACAUGUUCAGUGACCACUUGAGUAGACUACAGAACUAAAGUAGAUUUUUCUUUUUGAAUAAAAUGUGUUUAUCCUUUCCUUUAAAGAGAGUGUUUUUUUAAAAUGCAUGAAGUUCAGCAUUCG